AAGGUCAUAAAAUCAGGUCAGAUCCACUUAAUGACCACUUCGCUUAGCAACCACAAUUCUGGUUCCAAUUGUGGUUGUUAAGUGAGGAUUACCUGUACUUCAGAUGGUCUAAGGACUUGGUUAUAUAUUGGCACUUUGUUGACACUUUGCUGCCCUGGACUCCUACAGCUAGGUAAAGGCGGAGUGAUUUAAUACUGGACUUGUUUUUUGUAAUUUUUUAUAUGUUGUGUUUAUUCUGGUAUUUUUGUUUGAUCUUCCCUAGGCCUACGGAAGAUGACGGAAUACAAGCUUGUCGUUGUUGGUGCUGGUGGUGUGGGCAAGAGCGCACUGACAAUUCAGCUCAUUCAGAACCAUUUUGUGGAUGAAUAUGACCCUACAAUAGAGGACUCGUAUAGGAAGCAAGUGGUCAUCGAUGGCGAAACCUGCCUCUUGGACAUUCUGGACACAGCUGGCCAGGAGGAAUACAGUGCAAUGCGCGAUCAGUACAUGAGGACAGGCGAAGGGUUUUUGUGCGUGUUUGCCAUAAACAACACCAAAUCGUUUGAAGAUAUUCACCAUUACAGGGAACAAAUCAAACGAGUGAAAGAUUCUGAAGACGUGCCCAUGGUGCUAGUCGGGAACAAAUGUGAUUUGCCUUCCAGGACUGUAGACACUAAACAGGCUCAGGAUUUAGCAAGGAGUUACGGAAUUCCCUUCAUUGAAACGUCGGCAAAAACACGACAGAGAGUGGAAGAUGCUUUCUAUACCUUGGUGCGAGAGAUUCGGCAGUACAGAUUGAGAAAGGUCAGCACAGAAGAAAAGACUCCUGGGUGCGUGAAAAUUAAAAAAUGCCUUUUAAUGGGUGUAGACGACGCCUUCUACACAUUAGUUCGAGAAAUCCGAAAGCACAAAGAGAAGAUGAGCAAAAAUGGCAAAAAGAAGAAAAAGAAGUCGAAGACAAAAUGUGUAAUCAUGUAAAAAAAAAAAAAUGUUGUCGAUCCCUUGUCCUUCAGGGGCCCUUCAGUAAACAUGACUCGUUUUUGUACCAUUCACACUAAAUUAUUAGAACAAA